AUGCCAAAAGCAAUCUUUAUCAGCCCGAUCGACGGCAAGCCCGGUAAACCCGGCCAGGUUUACUACCCUCUAGUCCAAAAGACUGUUCCUCAACCGACACCUACAGGCAGCGAGCUGCUCAUCAAGCUCAGCGCUGCCGCCCUCAACCACCGCGACCUUUUCCUCCGCCAGCACCUGUACCCCGGUCUGACAUUUGAUGUACCGCUGUUAGCUGACGGGGUCGGCACCGUCGUUGGCCUAGGCUCCGGAGUCCAGGACCAGUCGUGGAAGAGCAAGCGAGUCAUCCUCAAUCCAGGAACGGGCUGGAAGGAAGACCCGGAUGGGCCCGAGGAUCCGACCGGAUACAAGAUUCUCGGUGGCACAAAGUUCGACCCGCGGGGUACGCUGCAAGAAUAUGUCAUCGUGGAUGAAUCAGAGGUUGAGGAGGCGCCAUCGCAUCUCUCGGAUGCAGAGGCAGCUGCUCUUCCUUUGACUGGCCUGACCGGCUGGAGGGCGUUGAUAUCAAAAGCAGGCGAGAAGAAUUCGUCCAAUGGUGCUGCUGUCUUGAUCACUGGUAUUGGCGGCGGGGUUGCCCUGAUGGUGCUGCAGUUUGCAGUCGCGAGAGGAGCCUCUGUUUACGUGACUAGCUCUAAUCAAGAGAAAAUUGACAAGGCCAUCCAACUGGGCGCAAAGAAUGGCGUCAACUACAAAGAGGACGGCUGGGAGAAAAAGUUACUCUCCCAAUUGCCAGCCGGCAAAAAGACAUUCGAUGCCAUUAUUGAUGGAGCAGGCGGUGAUAUCAUCGAGAAGGGGACCAAGAUUCUCAAGGCCGGCGGCGUCAUCUCCGUCUAUGGGAUGACGGUCUCCCCCAAGAUGCCGUUUCUCAUGCAAGCCGUGCUGAAAAACAUUGACAUUAAAGGCUCAACCAUGGGUUCGCGCAAGGAGUUCAAAGAUAUGGUCGACUUUGUAAAGUCCACAAACAUGCGUCCGGUUGUGUCGAGGGUGCUGAAAACAGAUCUCGAUGACAUUGUAGGCCUUGAUUCGUUGUUUGAAGACAUGAAGUCUGCUAAGCAGUUUGGCAAGCUGGUAAUUGAGUUUGGGGACUCGAGCAGUGCAAGCAAGCUGUGA